AUGAUUUCCGUUUUGUUUACUGAGGGAGAGGAAGGUGGGGCGACCACAUACGCCUCAUUUUACCCCAAAUCAAUGGCACGCUGAAGAGUGGGAGGUGCGCACACUCCCCCCUGCACACACAGGCAUCCACGGGGUGCCAAUUAGGCUGCAGCCACUUGAUCUCAGCCCCACACUGAACGCCGAAGGGGGGCGGCCACUUCUCACUUUUGCCAGAGUUUGAGGGAGAAAGGAGCUUCGGCUACCACUACUUUCGGAAAGUGUCACUUAAAAGGGGAACCGGUUUAAAUUUUAAGACUCUGGGAGGCCGCCACGUCCCCUCCUCUCUCCUUUCACGCAGCCGCCCUUUGCUGCUGCCAGGCAGGGGUCCCCCAUCGGUGCCAAGUCGUGUGCCGCCGCCUGUGCGCGACGGAGUCAGGGCGCGCCCGAAACCCACCGCAAGCCCAAACACACGGCCCCGACGGCGCCUGGGACGCCGGCUCCCAAUGGGCAAAGCCGGAGCCGCCUUUCCUCCGGCGGGAGGUUCCGCGGGGCCGCCCCUAAGUCAAGGGACGCCGUCCGGGUCUUUGUGGGGCGCCUCCUUCUUCCCCCUUCCCCGCACCGCCGCCGUCCUCGCUCCCCAGAACAGACGGGAUCCCAACAUGGCCGCGGAUCCGCCAGGGACCGGGAGGAGAAAGUUUCCUCCGCACCACCUCCGCCGGCUCUCGGCUUCGCCCCGAAGGGGGACGGCGGGCUGCUCUCUCCCCGCGCCCCCCUGACCCGAGCGCGCCGCUUACUGAGAAACCGAAGCGCGCCCUCCCUUCGCUCCGCUUCCCAGGUCCGCAGCUUGUUGCUUCUCGCUCUCCCUCGGUUUCCUUCAGCCGCCGUUGCUAGUCGGGCUACUGCCGCCGCCGCUGCCCCGCCCGCCGCUCGUGCGCGUUCACACACACACGCUCUCUCACACACAACACCCUCGGCCGGCCUCCAAGCGGCGAGGAGGACGAGCCUCGGCGGCAUCCCGCCCCAGCUCGAUUUCCCAAGAGAGAGCCGAGGGGAGGGGCCGGCGCCAUCUUGGGAGAGGCGCCCGUCGAAGCCGGGGGGGGGGGGUGUGCGCUGCUGAAGGGGGAGUAAGGGUCGAAGCCCUCCCUGCUGGAGAAGGGGCGCACGGGAAUGUGCCGGGGUUCACACGGGGCGCCCUUCGAGCAAAGUCUUGGGUCAUUCUCCCCUGAAGCUCUCUGGCCUCCCCCCGCGCAACCCGAGCGGUUCAAAACCUUUCUGCUGCCUGAGGUGAAGGGCAAUGUGGAUGCAGCACACCUCGCGUUUCCGUGCACUGACCCCGAGUGGGCUUCGCUUCGAGCCUGGAAAAGGGAUUUCUCCCACUGCACCUGAGGCAGCAGCAGGAUUGUCUUUGGUUACUAGACAGCAAGGUCCUGCAACGCCUGUCUGCUGCUCCCCAGCUCUUGCCACUUCACUUUGCCCUAGAGUAGUAUAAGGGGAAUAAUUUGGAUAUAUUAUCCGUUCAUUGUAAAAGAGAUUCGGAGGAUCUAACACGCUCAAACCAUAUGUGACUCGCCUCUAUUUUAACUCGCCUUGUGUAACAAAAACGUUUUCACCAGAUUGGGUUGUGAUUGCUGUGUCCGUUGAUGUUAUGAAUGUUGUUAUGGCCUUUGAUGAGUGCAAUCAACAUUUUGAUGAGGAAGAAGAUAUAUAAUAAAGCUGUUUCUGUGCUUGUUGGAGCCGCUUGUGCCCACACAUCUAUUAUUAGCACUGAGGAUGGGGAUGAACAUGAAACACCUUGCCUAUUAAGCAGUGGCAUAGCGUGGGGGGUGCAGGGGGGGCCGGCCGCACCGGCCGCAACAUCUGGGGGGGGCGCUCGCACUCGCAGCUCUCUGCCCCUACUAAAAUCCACGGGUUAGGGGGCGCAAAUUACUUGCCUUGCCCCGGGUGCUGACAACCCACGCUACGCCGCUGCUAUUAAGUCUUCAGUGCAAUACUUUUUCUGAUGGGAAUUCGCCUCCACAAAGGCUUGACUGCUGUAGCACCUGGAUGUCUUUGGGUAGGUCUCGCCUAGAAUGUGUUUGGAAGUGUUUUUUAGCACUUGGGUUUUAGGCUGCAAGUAGAAUUUCCUUUGCACCAGCAUUACUGCACUAGUCAUGAGCAUAGCCAGGAUUUUUGAUUUUUGGGGGGACAAAACCUCAGUUAUUUUUAUUAAUGGGGGGCAGCUGCCCCUCCCUGCCCCCCUCUUGGCUAAGCCCCUGGCACUAGUACUGCAAAAUAUUUUGCUCCAUCCGCCUGGAAGGGCAGCCGGGAAAAUCCGCACUGGUAGGUAGGCCACAGAAAGCCCCAUAACACUGAGGGGUUGAGCUAUCCACAGUCCACUGAAUCCCCAACAUUGGGUCCAUUGCUACACUAACUCCAAGCUGGCAAAACAAUUUGCCUGUCCUCUUGCGCUGAAUGGUGCAAGAUGCAGGGCUGCAGAUGCGGCAGUGACCCACUCAUCCACUCCAUUAAGCCUGGCCAGGGUUUGAAUUGCCGUCCCAGUUUGUAGCAUUUGUUUGUUUGUUUAUUUUCCGCAGGCUCAACUGGUGGUCCUGAGUAAUAACAGACUGCUGGACACUAAGGGCUUCCACACCUCGUCUUAA